UGUGCCUUCCGGCGCUCCGCCUUCCCGCGACGCUGCUCCGGGUUUGCGCUUCUGGACCCGAGCAGCAGAGGUCCUCCGGCCGGUGACUGGGUCCGAGAUGGCGUCGGAGUCAGGGGACAGCGGGACCGCCUGCACUCUGGAGUUCGCGGUGCAGAUGACCUGUCAGAGCUGCGUGGACGCGGUGCGCACGUCCCUGCAAGGGGUGGCAGGUGUCCAGAGUGUGGAGGUGCAGUUGGAGAACCAGAUGGUUGUGGUGCAGACCACACUGCCCAGCCAGGAGGUGCAGGCCAUCCUUGAAGGCACGGGGCGGCAGGCAGUACUCAAGGGCAUGGGCAGUGGCAUAUUGGAGAAUCUGGGGGCAGCAGUGGCCAUUCUCGGGGGGCCUGGCCCUGUGCAGGGGGUGGUGCGCUUCCUACAGCUGACCCCAGAGCGCUGCCUCAUCGAGGGGACCAUUGACGGCCUGGAGCCUGGGCCGCACGGGCUCCACGUCCACCAGUUCGGGGACCUCACAAGGAACUGCAACAGCUGUGGGGACCACUUUAACCCUGAUGGAACGUCUCACGGGGGCCCCCAGGACUCUGAGCGGCACCGUGGAGACCUGGGGAAUGUCCACGCUGACGCUGAGGGCCGAGCCGUCUUCAGGAUAGAGGAUGAGCAGCUGAAGGUGUGGGAUGUGAUUGGCCGAAGCCUGGUCAUCGAUGAGGGCGAAGACGACCUGGGCCAGGGCGGCCAUCCCUUAUCCAAGAUCACGGGGAACUCAGGAGAGAGGUUGGCCUGUGGCAUCAUCGCACGCUCCGCUGGCCUUUUCCAGAACCCCAAGCAGCUCUGCACCUGCGACGGCCUCACCAUCUGGGAGGAGCGAGGCCGGCCCAUCGCUGGCAAGGGACGAAAGGAGCCGGCCCAGCCCGCUGCCCACCUCUGAGCACAGCCUCAGCCUCGGGUCUGUUUCUGUCCUCCCAGCUGAGCACCGUCCACUUCCAGAGGGAGCAGAGGGAGGCCCUCCUUGGCCCCGUCCUGGGAGAAAUAGGGUAAGGGGUGUAUAGGGGCUGCUGUGACGUUCCCUUGACAAAUUAAAGUUUUAUUUUCAUAUGGAA